UCGGGGGUGGGCCGGCGGCGCCUGCGAUGGCUCAUAAAACGGCUGGCCACCUGCCGGGCCGUUCCUCCGUGAGCUGCCGUCCGGGCCCUGCCGUGCAGUUGCGGUCCGCGCUAUCCGAGUCGCCGCCUCUGCCGCCUGUGCUCCGGAGCUCCCCAGGCGCGGAGCGCCACGACCCCGGCGGGCUCCAGGGCGCGCAGACAUGGGCAGCCGCGCCAGAGCGCGCCGGACGGCCGCGGCGCUGGGCGUCACCGGGCUGCUGUUCGCCGUUCUGGGCGCCGUCAUGAUAGUGGUGCUGCCCUGGAUCAUCAAGCAGCAGGUCAUCAAGAAUGUGCGCAUUGACCCUAUGAGCCUGUCCUUCAACAUGUGGAAAGAGAUCCCUGUACCCUUCUACCUCUCUGCCUACUUCUUCCACGUGGUCAACCCCGAUGAGAUUAUUCAGGGUGGGAAGCCACAGGUGCAGGAGCGUGGGCCCUACGUGUACAGGGAGUUCAGACACAAGAGGAACAUCACCUUCAAUGACAACGACACGGUGUCCUUCCGUGAGUACCGCAGAUUCCAGUUCCAGCCCGACAGGUCCUCCGGCCUGGAGAGCGACUAUAUCGUCAUGCCCAACAUCCUGGUCCUGAGUGCGGCGAUGUUGAUGGAAGAUAGGCCCAUGAGCCUGAAGCUGAUCAUGACGUUGGCGUUCAGCACCCUUGGUGAGCGUGCCUUCAUGAACCGCACUGUCGGUGAAAUCAUGUGGGGCUAUGAUGAUCCACUUGUGCACCUCAUCAAUAAGUACUUCCCAGACACAUUUCCCUUCAAGGGCAAGUUCGGGUUAUUUGCCCAGCUCAACAACUCCGACUCUGGGCUCUUCACCGUGUUCACAGGCGUCAAAGACUUAAGCAAAGUCCACCUUGUGGACAGGUGGAACGGACUCAGCAAGGUCAGCUUCUGGCACUCUGAUCAGUGCAACAUGAUUAACGGGACUUCCGGGCAGAUGUGGGCGCCAUUUAUGACUCCUGAAUCCUCUCUGGAAUUCUACAGCCCUGAGGCUUGCCGGUCCAUGAAGCUAACUUUCAAGGAGUCGGGGAUCUUUGAAGGCAUCCCUACCUAUCGCUUUGUGGCCCCCAACACCUUAUUUGCCAAUGGGUCUGUCUACCCACCCAACGAGGGCUUCUGCCCGUGCCUGGAGUCUGGAAUUCAGAACGUCAGCACCUGCAGGUUCAGUGCACCCUUGUUUCUCUCCCAUCCUCACUUCUACAAUGCUGACCCGGUCCUGGCAGAGGCGGUGCUUGGCCUCCACCCUAACCCAGAAGAGCAUUCCUUGUUCCUGGACAUCCACCCGGUCACUGGCAUCCCCAUGAACUGCUCUGUGAAAUUGCAGCUGAGCCUGUACAUCAAGGCCAUCAAAGGCAUUGGACAAACAGGAAGGAUCCAGCCGGUGGUCCUGCCACUGCUGUGGUUCAGUGAGAGUGGGACAAUGGAGGGUGAGACCCUGCAGACGUUCUACACCCAGUUGGUGCUGAUGCCCAGUGUACUACACCACACCCAGUACUUCCUCCUCGCCCUGGGCUGCAUCCUGCUACUCAUCACCGUCAUCUGCCAGAUCCUGAACCAAGAGAAAUGCUAUUUAUUUUGGAGUAGUAGUAAAAAGGGCUCAAAGGAUAAGGAGGCCAUUCAGGCCUAUUCUGAAUCCCUGAUGACGUCAGCUCCCAAGGGAACUGUGCUGCAAGAAGCCAGGCUGUAGGGUCCUGGAGAUGCCACGAGCCAACCCAGCCUGGCUGCCCAGCCAGACCAUCUCCCUACUCCCUACACCCCGCUUCUGCAAGACUCUUUCAGCAGACAGCCCACCAGUCCCCAAGUCUGAGCCCCCCAGAUGCCACAUGCGUGUCUGCACAUUGCACACCCCCAGCACCUGUGUAUGCGUGUGCACAGAUGUGUGCAGACACACUCAGGGAUGGAGCCGGUACUGACGGGACUCCAGGAGAGGCUCAGCAACCAAGACUGUUCUUGAAUUUUCCCUCCAAGUGAACCAUAGCCCUGGCCACAGGUGCUGUGGACCUGGGCUCUUGAUGACUCAUGUUACCUCUCCCCAGUUGCCCUGUCAUUCACCGAACACUGCAGACCCUGUUUGGUGGCUCACCCAAGUUAAAGCAGGAGAGGGCUGUAACUCCAUGGGGCCAGCCACUGUCCAAAGCCCAGCCUGGGAGUGCAGACUUCUUGUGCCAAAGCCAGGUGGGCACGGGCCAUGGGUUCAGCACCUCGCUGGGGCCUAGAGCUUUGGCCACUGUACAUCCAUCUGAGACAGGGGUGAAGUCCAUUCACAAUGGUGAGACCUCAAGAUGCAUAAUACAACUGCUAUGUCUCCUGACCCCUAAGCAGGACGGUGAUCUCCCUGAAGUCGAUACAGGCACCUGGUUUGGGUGUCUGGGCCCCUUUCCUCCAGCCUAAACUGACAUCAUCCUGUAUACUGAGCCAUCCACUCCUGGCUGGAGUGGUGGGAGGCUGCCCCCAGCGAGGGUCCUCGGCCUCUAGGUGCCAGGGCAGAGGUGGAGAGGCCCAGGUGGGACUGGUCAGUCUGCUUGGGUGGGAGAAUGUCCGUCCAGGGCUCCUGGUCUCUGGGGCAAGCCUUUGUCUCUUUUCUACUGGAAGAGAAAUGAAUUUUAUCAUCUUUUAAAAAUAAUUCACAAUUAAAGUAAUAAAUCUUUUUAAAAAGCUAA